AUGGGGAAGUUACAAAGCUAUGUAGCAGUACUUGCUGUGGCAUUUGUGUUGGUCAUAGGAGUAGCAGAAUGCAGAAAAAUAAAAGAAAACGAGUUAGUUGACGGUUUUGGAAGUGGCUUAGGUGGUGGUGGAGGUUUUGGCGGAGGUGGUGGUGCAGGAGGAGGGAUUGGAGGUGGACAUGGCAUUGGAGGCGGAGUCGGUGGAGGUGGUGGUGCAGGUGGGGGUUUUGGAGGUGGUAAAGGUGGUGGUAUUGGAGGAGGAAUUGGAGGUGGACAUGGAGGAGGAAUUGGUGGAGGUGGAGGUGCCGGUGGUGGUGUAGGAGGAGGAAUUGGUGGUGGUGGAGGUGCAGGUGGUGGUGCUGGUGGAGGCAUUGGAGGUGGUGCAGGUGGUGGUGCUGGUGGAGGCAUUGGAGGUGGUGCAGGUGGAGGUGCUGGUGGUGGUUUUGGAGGUGGUAAAGGUGGUGGUGCAGGAGGAGGAAUUGGUGGAGGCGCUGGUGGAGGUGCCGGUGGAGGUUUUGGCGGUGGGCAUGGUGGUGGAGUAGGGGGAGGAGUUGGUGCUGGUGGAGGUGCAGGAGGAGGCUUUGGAGGUGGAGGUGGUGCUGGUGGUGGCGUUGGAGGUGGUGCAGGUGGCGGUGCUGGUGGUGGCUUUGGAGGUGGUGCAGGUGGAGGAGCUGGUGGCGGCUUUGGAGGUGGUGGGGGCGCUGGUGGUGGCUUCGGUGGUGAUGGUGGAGGUUUUUGA